AUGGUGAAAGGCGGGCAGGAGGGACCAAGAGCUGGAGAGGAUAGGAGGAGCAGCAGGGGCAGGAGGGACAGAGCUGGAGAGGAUAGGAGGUGCAGAGGGGCAGGAGGGACCAAGGAGCUGGAGAGGAUCGGAGGCGCCGAGGGGCAGGAGGGACAAGAGCUGGGUGGAUCGGAGGAGCAGAGGGAGGAGGGACCCAGCGUGGAGAGGAUAGGGGAGCAGAGGGGCAGAGGGACCAGAGCUGGAGCGGAUAGGAGGGCAGCGGGCAGGAGGGACCAAGAGCUGGAGGGAUGA